UUGUACUGUACCGUACACUCCGAAAAAAAUUAUUAGAGCUAUUAAAAAAUAGAUAAAUAAAUAUAAAUUGUUUAUAAAUAAUAACAAUAAUGGCGGCUUCAAGAGAUUUAAAUAUUGCUAGAAAAAAUCUUACAAAUUCUCUGGGUGACAAUGCCAAAGUAUAUUUUGAAAAAAUGAAAUUAUGGUUUCAAAUGAAGAGUUCCAAAGAAGAAUUUGAUUGUGAAGCCAGAAAUAUUAUGACAGAUGAACAGAUUCAUUUACACAAUGAAUUUCUUUUGUGUUUAUUUAAUAAAGUCCGAGGACUUGCUUCUGCAACACCUCUAAGGCCGAUGAAAGCUAAUAAUACCCAUGUUCACACAGACAAAGAUAAAAUAUUAAAAGAAAAACGAUUGAAAUUAAAGAGAAAAUAUAAAACUGAUAGAUCUAAUUUUGAACCUGCAGAUAUGUACGUUGAUGUGUUGAGUCAAAUGUCAUCUCCAGUAGGCGAUGAACCUAUCGGUGCUAACAGAUCUAGCGCCCAAGAAUUAUUGUUACCUGAUAGAACAUUUGUAUUAGCAAGACUAAUGUUAGCUGCUUGGGAAAACAAUAUGGACAGUGCUGAUGAAAAUACCGCUCAUAUAAUAAUCGCUGCGACACAAAUAUUUCUUAAAAAUAUUAUUACAGCUGUACUUACAAAAAGAAAAGGAUUUGCUGUUCAUCAGAAAAGUUUUAUUUAUAAUAUAGGAGAACCAGUACCGAGUUCAUGGAAAAGAAACACAAUGUUUAUACCUCGUGGUAUUCAUUUUAGUAAGACAACAGACAUAAUUGAUCCUGAUGGACAAGUACCAGCAGUGAAACAGACAGUUGACGAAAUGGAACAAGCAACCGCUUUUGCUAUGGCUUGUUCAACACCAGUAUUAUCACCAGCUUUACCUCCCGUCAGUGUUAACGAUUUAUUGCAAACAUUAAAGAUCUAUAAAAAUUUGGUUAAUAAUCAUACAGUAUAUGCUACUAAUAUGGAACGAUUAUUUACGUAUCCUACACAUCCAACUUGGGAAGAUUUAGAGAUGAAAAAGUUUAUGUGUUGAAGAAUAAUACGAGAAAAAACAAGUAUAGUGUGUGACAAGGGAUGAAACAAAACGAUUUCAGACCAGAGUGAAGUUGACUGCCCAUUUUUUAGGCGAAAUUAACCCGCGCUGUGAGUGCAGCGCCGCAAUUUUUAUUUUAAAAGAUUAUUUAAAAAGAAAAUAAAUUUCUUAGUCUUUUGAAAUUUUAUGAAUUCUUCUACUAUUCAACAUCAAAUUAAAUUAUGACUAAGGUAAAAGCCCCUAUACCCGCUCAGUAUCAUUAAUCUCUCACUUUAACUGUUCAAGGCGUUUUUUUAUAAUUUUUAUGAAAAAAAAUUACAACUAAAAAUAUUAUUGAUAAAUAAUUAUUUUCGAAUCUAAAUAUAUUAAAAUAUCAUGUAUCAAAUUAUUUUAUAAUAGAUUAUAAAUUUAAAUUGAAUGACUGUUUUCAACAUCGCGCUCAGCCGGACAUUUUUAACUUUAACGUUCAUUCGUUAAAUUAAAUUUAAGUUACGUCAAAUUUUAAAAAAAUUUUUAUAAUUAUAUCUUAUUAAAUACAUUUUCAAAAUUCAUGAAAUUUUAUAUUAUGCAAGAAUAAAGUAGUAUAAUUUAUAAAUUAUUUUUCAAAUUAAUAAACUUAUCAUAGUUUAAUUGAUAUUGUCUUUGAGCGACUAAAGGGCCAUGUGUUGAUCGAGUAAUGGUACAUCGCAACUUUUAUUGAGCGACUAUGGGUACACUCAAGGAGCUUAUUUAAAAAAUUGAUAAUAAUUAAUUAUCAACAUUAUUCUUCAAACUUAAAUUUUAUUCUAAUACUUACUAUAAAAAAUAACUAUGAAAAAGAAUAUGGUUUUGCAUU